AUGCUCAAGAGGAUGGUCGACUAUACUAACAAAGUAUGUCUUGCGCCAAUGGUCAGAAGUGGCGAGCUUCCCAUACGUCUACUAUCGCUCAAAUAUGAUUGUGAUUUAGUUUGGUCACCAGAGUUGAUUGACAAAAAAUUGAUUUCUACUACUCGAGUUGAAAAUGCAAAACUAGGGACUGUUGACUAUAUAGCUCAAAAUAAUCAUAAUCACAGCAACAACAACAACAAGAAGCAAUCUCAGAACCAUGAGACUGUUGUUUUCCGCAAACACCCCAAUGAAGCUGGCAAGCUCAUCUUGCAACUAGGCACAUCCGAUCCCAAUCUUGCAGUCGCGGCAGCUGAAAAAGUGAUUCAAGACGUUGAUGGAAUAGACUUAAACUGUGGGUGUCCUAAAUCAUUUUCAACCCAUUCAGGAAUGGGCGCCGAGCUAUUAAAGACACCUGAAUUACUCUGUUCAAUCUUGACCAACUUGGUUGAAAAAGUUGGCAAACCAAAUAACAAACCCAUCAGUUGCAAAAUCAGAUUAUUACCCAAUUAUGAAGCGUCGCGUCGAUUGGUGGAACAAAUUUGCUCCACUACGGGUAUUGCCAAUUUGACGAUUCAUUGUCGUACUCCCAUUAUGAGAAAUCGUCAAGAUCCAAUUUGGAAUUACUUGCCAAAAUUGAUUCCCUUGAUUGAAUCGUUUGGGAUUAGUGUGGUGCUCAAUGGUAAUUUUCAAUCGCGAUCUGAUUUACAGACUGUACAGCAAGCGUUGAAUAACGAUAGAUUGAGUAUCAUGAUUGCAGAAGCAGCCGAAGCUAAUCCUUCAGUAUUUGCCAGCAUGGAGAAAGAGAAGACGCCCACAAAGUCAGUCCAGCUGCAACACAGCCUAAUCAAUGAAGUAUAUGAACUUGGUUCAAAGUAUCAUUUGUAUUCAGGCACAAAGUUUAUGAUUAUGAAUAUGAUUCCUGGAAAAUCGAAAUACUAUCAAAAGUUUUCGCAACUGAAAAACUUUGAACAAAUGAAGCAAAUUAUUGACGAGUUGAACAGUGUUGAUAAAGAUGAAGAGAAGGACAAGAUUUUCCAGAUAAUGAAUAAGAAUUGUCAAAAACUGCAUUUCUUUCAAAAUGCACAGGGUUUCGAAAAUUAUAUAACAGGGACACGCCGCGAUGACAUUUUACAAUUUUUUGGUAAUUGGGAGAGUAACCAAGAGGAGAUGUUGCAAGAUUUGAAAGAUUCUCCAACAAAGAGAACCGUAGAGAUACCAAAACACAAGUUGAAGAGACAAAAGAAGCUGGAUGGACAUGAGGCACAGGAGAAGCUACAAAAGGACAACGCUGUUGGAGUAGAAAUGGAUGCCAAGCUUGAAGUUCAGGCUGUAUCUGCAAAUCAAAUCAAUGGACAGACAGUACAAACUGUUUGA